UCCAUAGAUUCAUAUGUUUUUGAUGAAAAAUAACAAGAUGAUAAUAAUAAUGAAAAAAAAACUGUAGAUAAAAAUAACAAGAUGAAAUACUUAAUGUUGUGAACAAAUCAAGCAAACAAACAACCGAAGAACAAAAAAAAACUAAAAUAUAUGGCCCAACUAAUCCUCGGUCUUGGUAUUGGACUAUUUACAUUGUUAUUAUUAUGGUCCGUAGCAAUCAUAUUCUGUUUGAUUUCAUCUCGUCUUCGUGUUCCGGCCAGUUAUAUUGGCCCAGCAUCCUGUAUGAUUGCAUUGUUCAUUACAAUCAUUUUAUUAUCAUUACCAAUAUCUAAACGUUUGGAUCAAUCAUCGAUGAUGAUGGAUCCUAUUAAAAUGGAAAUCAAUCAAUCGAUGUCAUCAAUGAUAACCGAUGAUCAUCAUGAAUUAUCGAUUGUCGAUUGGAACACCUAUGUUAUAUUACCAUUAUGUUUAAUAAUAUCGUUGUUAUUAUUAGCAAUAACAACGAUAAUGUCUUUACAAUUCCAUCUAUCAAUCAAUCAUCGAUCACAAAUUAAAACUUAAUUAUUAAAAAUUCGUC